CCAUUACUGCUGCAAUAUUGACCAUCAUGAAUAGGGCAUUGUUGAGAGCUGCCUGGUCCUCCAGGACAGCACUUCGCGCGCCUCAUUCCGUCUCUCGUGCCGCGUUAUACCGUUCGACCAUUCACCCAGUAACUCGAGCUUUUGCUUCAGUAUCUUGCCUCCGUUCUGAGCAGCCUUCAUCCUCGUCCUCUGCAGUGCCACCGGCAUCUGAAUUGAAAGAAGAACCGACAGCGAACUCCGCGUCGGAGAGCACCCCUCACAUCCCAUGGUAUCUACAGGAAGAAGCACCUGUGCCCGAAUCAAGGCAGACAACUUCGCGAGAUCAGAUUCCCGAAUUGCCAGAGAACCCUCCAGCUAUCCUCCCUGCACUCCUCGACUACGUGUUCAAGGAUGUUGGUCUUGAUGAACUGAGGUUGAUUGAUUUGCGCGGAUUGGAAACUCCGCCAGCUCUUGGUGCCAACGUGAUUAUGAUAAUUGGAACUGCUCGCAGUGUCAAGCACUUGAAUGUGUCCGCAGAUCGUCUUUGCCGCUGGUUGAGAAGUACCUACAAGCUGUCUCCCUACGCUGAUGGACUCCUGGGUCGAAAUGAGUUGAAGAUCAAGCUCCGGAGAAAAGCUCGGCGUGCUAGGCUCGCCAGCAGGUCCGGUACUAUGUUUGACGAAAAGGACGAUGGGAUCACGACAGGCUGGAUCUGUGUCAAUGCCGGUGUGGUAGAGGAAACGCCAGUCAAGAAGGAUGAGAAUUAUAGAUUUGAAGGGUUUGGCCACACUGCCACCGGCACUAGGGUUGUUGUGCAGAUGUUCACAGAAGAAAAGAGAGCCGAAGUCGAUCUUGAAAGCCUUUGGCAGAAGGCGCUGGACCGAUCCGAAAGAGAGAAACAAAGGAUUUCCCAGGUUAAUUCAGCCGCACCUUCCGAAGAGGUUCGUGCUUCCAAUUCGAUAAACGUAUCACCAUCUGACCGUGAGUUCGGCCAUGCCUCCAGGUUUCCCACUAGCCCUUUGUUCGGACAGAAGAGGCUGCUUCACACCAACCGUCGCCCCGCAAGCCAACACUUCGACCGUGCAGGAAUCCAUGCAGAAGAUACGGAAGUAACUCUGGAUUCCCAGCCUUCGUCUUUACUUCGAGACCAUGACCAUAGCGACAAUGGAAAGACAACCCGCUCAAUGGAUGCACUAUUUGACCACCUCUCAAAACUAUCCGACGUUCAGGCCAGGAUCGAACUAGGAGAGGGCCCGGAAGAUAAUGACUCUACACUAUUCAUGCGCCUAUUCCAUGAUCUGCUAUCAAUCAGCACGGCGGCAGAGAGAGCAAUAGCCCGUCUUGUCCUAUUCUGCAACGCGAUUUCCAGACAGCACCCGGGAUAUACAAAGCGGGGUUUAUAUUCAGCGUUCACAGAAUGUACAUGCGCUGGUUGUUCAGUAUCUGAUGAUCUAGCAUUUUCAGUUGUUUCAGCCUUGUUAUCUCCCCGACUAGCAGGGACUAGCCCUGAGGACGUUGCAGGGCAAGUUCCGGAAGCGGACCAGGAAUUAGCUCUUCUUGUGCUUGAACAUCUAUCUCUGCGCGGCACCAAUGUCGUCAACAUGAGAGUGUUCGACAUGAUUUAUCGAGCCGUUGCCAGUUCCCCGUCCACCACUGUACCAGACGGAGCAAAUAAUGCACAGGCUGAAAAUAAAAGCGCUCUUUAUCGGGUGUCUCGCCUAAUCGACACCCUUGACCUACCCUUUGAACCCGAGCAAGCCCGCAGCCUUAUGCUAUCGCUCUUUCAGCACGGCGACUACAAUGGCUUUUGGAAGUUGUGGCGCAAGGGUCCCAUCAAUGGAAGUCUGCGCACCGCUGCUGACUACAAGAUGUUGUUCCGGUUGCAUGCUGAUCUGGGAGAUGAACUCCGUGCCCGGGACUGCGUAUCAACAUGGAUUCCGAUGAUGAGGAGAGAAGAAAAUCCGAUACCCCUCGAGGGAGAGCUCUUGGUAGAUAUCAAGCGCUGCCUUUUGCUUGCCGAUCCAGAUAUUGUGCAAAAGGCCGCGGAAGGAUCGACGAGCAAUCUGGUCCGAUUCUGGAACGCAUGCCAGAUGAAGAUGCUAAAGUGAUGCCCCAUGAAGUCAUUGUAAAUAGUAAACACUGUACUAGUAAAUAAC